CGAAAAAGACUUUUCAAUAAAAACUUUAUUUUUUGCCUAUUUUGAAAAUUUUCUCUUCCCAUUCAUUCCUUAUUGUAUAAAAUAAUUUCAAAAGAAAUCAAUUGAAGUGGAAAUGGGAACGCAAACUCGAGCAGCAGAAGCACUAGAGCGAAAGAUUGAAAAGCACAUAAAGGAGCAUGCUGACGACAUGAAGAAUUUGAAGACUGAAAUACAAAGUUUGAAAAUAAUGAAGCCAAAAACACAAAAGGAUCAUCGACCAUUUAAUGAUAACAAAAGAGUCAUUACUAAUGCGAAAAAUGAGAAUUAUCGAAAAAUGUCUGCAAAGCCAUUAAAAAAUCCUCAAAACGAUAGUAAAGCAACAACAUCAACAACAGCGACAACUCUAAACAAUUUUGGCGACAAAAUGACCAACAAAAUGGAUUUGCUAAAUCAUCAUCAUCAACAACAACACCAUCCAAAUGACGACGAACAUUUAAAAGCAAAUAAUGGCUUAUAUCAAACGGAGAGUCUUUGCACACUGGAUUCUUACAAUAAUACAGUCAUGUCAUUGCCAGAAAGUGUCAUGACUAAAAUCAAUUAUAAUGGAAGCGUAAUGCCAUCACCAGUCAGUCCAAUUAAGCUCCUACAGUUUCUCAUUAUGGAACUGAAAACAAAAUUAAAGGAUUAUGUUGCGGAAGACGACGUGCAAAUACCAAAGAUAUUGAACGAAAUCAAUUAUGCUAUUAAGCAUGUCAUGCUUGAACGUAAAUUAAAUAAGUCGAAGACGAGUCAGAUGAUGGAUAUUAAUCAAAUAUCAAAUGACAAAAAUUUUACAUCAAAGGACACUCAAACUGAUCUUAAAGGUGAUGACGUGGAAAAAUUGGUUGAUUUUCAAGAUAAAUAUUUUACGCUUCAGGCAGAAAUGGAUGUCAAUUUGAGACGAAUGGAAGAUGUUUUUACGGUGGAAUUGAAGAAAAGCGACGACAAAAUCACAAAGUUAAGGGAUGAUAUCAACGUGAUGCAGACUAGCUUCAGUCAUGGAAUCGAAGAUAAAAAUCACUCAAUAUCCCAUCACAUCGACUUGAAGAUUGAAGAAAUUAAAGGCGAAAUGAAAUUCCUUAUAGGAAUGCUUGGAGAAACAAAAAACCACAAUCUCAUUGACAACUUGAGCAAGAAACUGGCACAAACUCAGAAGAAAAUCGACGAUGUGAAAAUAAAGUGCACGGAAACAGCAAAAAAUUGCCUGCAAAUGCAUGUUGAGAAUCAUCUUAUCAAGUCUCACGCAUCACAAACAAAACAAAUAGGAUGUGAAUUAGGUCAGAUAAAGAAUGAAGUGUGGAGGGAAAUUCAAGCACUUAAAAAUGUUUUGACAACAGCCGAAGAGCACGAUAAUGAAUCAAUAGCACAACAAUCAAGUCAUCGUCAGAGAACGAAUAAAAUGUUUGAGGAAUCACAUUAUCCUGCAUUAUCAUCAUUGUCGUCGACGUCAUUAUCAUCAAUGGCAUCAGGAAUAUCAUCAAUAUACGAUAAAUCGGAUGCUUCAAUUCCUAGUAAAAUUUUAACAAAAUCAAUCAAAUCAUCGAUUAAAUCGAAUGAAAAGAAGAAAAUGUCUAAGAUGAUGAGAGAAUGCUGUGAUGACAAAUUUAACAUUAAAAUCGAUGAUAAAAAGGAUAAUGACAAUUCAAUGGCUGAUGAAAAGCAAAAUAAUAUUACAGAUGCCUGAGAUGAUGAGCAAAAACAUUUGAUUGUAAAAUGUAGGCUCUACUUUAGAAUAUAUAUCCUUUUUCUGAGUCGUUGAUGUGCAAGUAUGGGUUAAGUGGGAGUAGUUGAAGGAAAAUAAAAAAAAAUCAAUAAAGCCGCGAGAUAUAAUUAUGACAACGGAUGAAAAGCCGAAAAGAUGAUGCAAAGUGAUUCGAAAAAUUUUAUUUCUACUUUUCUCCAUCCAUCAACCAUUAUUUAUUUUGUUUUAG